AUGCCGCAACCACUCCCCAGCAAGGAGCAGACGCUCUUCCGAUCGCUCGUCAAAUUCUACGAGGGCAAGCUUUACAAGAAGGGCCUGAAAGCUGCCGAGCAGAUCUUGAAGAAGCACCCCACACAUGGCGACACCCAAGCGAUGAAGGCCCUGAUCCUCAACUCUCAGGGCCAGGGCGACGAAGCCUUCGCCCUCUGCAAGGAAGCCCUCCGCAAUGACAUGAAGUCGCACAUUUGCUGGCACGUCUACGGUCUAUUAUGGCGGUCGGUCAAGAACUACCCAGAGGCAAUCAAGUCCUACAAGAUGGCCCUGCGCCUCGAACCGGGCUCGCUGAACAUUCUCCGCGACCUCGCGCUUCUCCAGUGCCAAGUCCGCGACUACGAAGGAUACAUUGAGAGCCGGCGGAAGAUGAUGCAGGAGCGACCGCAACUGCGACAGAACUGGACGGCAUUGGCAGUAGCUUACCAUCUGUCAGGCAACUACGCCGAGGCCGAGAAUAUCCUCAAGACGUACGAGGAGACUCUCAAGCAGCCCCCGUCCAAGCUGGACCUCGAGCACUCCGAAGCGACCCUCUACAAGAACCAGAUAAUAUACGAGUCCGGCGACGUCGAGCGUGCGCUGAAGCACCUGGACGAGGUGGUGCGUGUCAGUCUGGAUCGCUGCGCCGCGCUGGAAUUGAAGGCCAAGUACCUCCUAGAACUCGGACAGAAAGAGGAGGCUGAGAAGGCCUACAGGAUUCUCCUGGGCAGGAACAGCGAGUACCGCGCGUACUUCGAUGGCUUAGAAAAGUCCCUGGGGCUGGACCGAUCCAACGAUGCCGAUAUCGAGAAGCUGAACGAGCUGUACCAGUCUUUCGCUAGCAAGAACGAGCGCAACGAUGCUGCGAGGCGGAUACCCUUGGACUUCCUUCAGGGCGAGGCUUUCAAGACACAAGUAGACCAAUAUCUCAGGAGGAUGCUGAACAAAGGCGUUCCCUCAACCUUCCCCAACAUUAAGUCGCUGUACCAGGAUGAGGAGAAGAAGGCAGUCAUUGAGGAGCUUGUGCUCGGUUAUGCUUCGGAAAAACAGACCAACGGCGAGACCAACGGCGACAACUCUGAUCGUUUCGAGCAAUCUGUGCUAUACUUCCUGGCUCAGCAUUACAACUACGUGCAAAGUCGCGACUUGAACAAGGCCAUGGAGUACAUAGACAAGCUACUUGAAAAGGAUCCGAAAUCGGUCGACUACAACCAGACAAAGGCCCGGAUCUAUAAGCACAUGGGCGACGUUCAGAAAGCUUCGGAAACGAUCAACCAUGCGCGAGAGCUCGAUGAGAGAGAUCGAUACAUCAACACCAAGUGCGCCAAGUACCAGCUGCGAAACAACGAGAACGAGACAGCGCUGAACACUAUGAGUAAAUUCACUCGCAACGAGACUGUGGGAGGUCCUCUCGGCGAUCUCCACGACAUGCAGUGCAUGUGGUACCUACUCGAAGAUGGCGAGGCAUACUUGCGACAAGAGAAAUAUGGCCUUGCUCUCAAGCGCUUCACAGCUAUUGCCGAUAUCUUUGACAUUUGGCAUGAGGAUCAAUUCGACUUCCACAGCUUCUCGCUACGAAAGGGCCAGAUUCGUGCUUACAUCGAUAUGGUCAGAUGGGAAGAUCACCUUCGCGACCAUCCUUUCUUCACUAGGGCAGCUACUCAAGCAGUCGAAUUAUACAUACGUUUGGCAGACAACCCCAAGUUCGCGAAUACAGACGAGCUUGAUUUGGAGAAACUGGAUCCUACAGAGCGCAAGAAAGCUGAAAAGAAGGCUAAGAAGGAACGCGAGAAGGCUGAGAAGGCUGAAGCCGAACGCAAGGCGGCAGCUGCAGCAAAAGCAACUGCCAAGGGUGACGAUGGUGAGACUAAGAAGGAGGACCAAGAUCCAAAUGGCGAGAAGCUUCUUCAGACGAAGCAGCCUCUGGAGGACGCACUACGUUUCCUGCAGCCGAUGCUCGAGCUAGCACCAAAGAACAUCGAAGCUCAGAACGUAGGUUUCGAGGUUUACCUCCGACGAAACAAGUUUCUGCUCGCGUUGAAAUGUCUGCAGGCCGCACGAGAAAUCGACCCGGAGAACCCCAAGCUGCACGAGCAGAGCGUUCGCUUCCGUCAGGCUCUCGCCAAACCUGCCGAGCCACUCUCAUCUCAAGCCUCAGAGGUCAUCAAGGACUCGUUCACCACACCGCCCGCGGAUGCAGACCUUAAAGCUUACAACGACGACUUCCUUAAAAAGCAUUCGCAGAGCGCAUCCCAUCUGCAGUCGGGAUACAAUGUCCGAUACAUCCUGGACAACAGCUCAAAAUCUCAGAACGAGCAAGACCUACAGAAGACUCUCGACUUGUCGAGCAUUACGAUAGAAGAAGCCCAGUCUGGGCUUGCGUUGCUCAACCAGUGGGGGAGCGAACAGAAGGUCAAGGACGACUACAGGGCGAAGGCCGCAGGUCGUUGGAGCGAUGCUACCGCUUGCGACUGUAAGCACCCAUCGUGUGGGAAUUGCGACAAGAAAGGCGACACAUGCAGUUUUCUCAUGCUGGCCCCUUCGUCGCGCCUCUCGACAACUUCGACAUCACCCGCAUCAACACAACAGCUCACCACAUCACCAUUUCCUACACCAAAGACACCCGAAACCCGAAACCCACCGGCGUAUUCGCCGACCAACCUCAUCGCAUUCAGUAAUGAAGUAGCCCUCGCAACGCAAACACCACGUCACACUGAGGUCUUUUUUGAUGACUCGCCCCUAGACUUCUCCACCAGCUUAACGACGUCUCCUUCCCAACAGGGGUAUUUUCCAGAGCUUACUAUACCACCUUACCUCCGCUUAGACGAUGCCUGGAAGGAUGUUCGGGAGCUUCUUCCACCACCACUGCAAGAGGUCUUGUGUCACUACGAGUUCACGACUUCUCUCACUCUCGCAGGCGAUGACCCUGCGAAGGCAGCAUGGCAGACUUAUGUCCCUGAAAUGGCGCAAAAUCACGACUUCUUAACCAACUGUGUACUCUCAGUCGCCUCUUUACACCUCGGUCGGCUUUACGAUCGCAAAGAAGACAAGAAGAGGAUGGAAACUUUGGCAGCAGCACGAAUGAACAAAGCUUUAGUAAGGUAUAGAACGGAGCUCGAGAAUGUAACUCAGGAAAAUGCCGCAGCACUGUUUGCAAGUUCGACUUUCACAGCCGUGUACCUCUUCCGCACUUCCGCGAUAGAUAUCGAGAAUUUACGAGCUUCAAUAUCGCCAGAUACCGUUGUACCGCCACCCGAAAUAGUAGACAAGAUGUUGUCUUGCGCGCUAAGAACGAUUUGGGGACUUCGAGGUCCCCUCACCGUUCUUCUGUCGGGCUGGAAUUGGGUCGUAGGAAGUAAAAUGCAACCAGUCACAGCACGAGAAUGGUGGCCGAAAACCUCUGCGCCAGCGACUCCGCGCGCCCUUACAGAAGACCAACGUCUCGAAGCCAUCGAAAAGCUGUGGAUGGAAAGCGAAGCAUCUUCAGAGCCGCACUGCGUCUACCUCUCCCAAGCCCUUCUAUAUCUUCGCCAAAGCUUCAAUCUGAUCAGUCAACUUACCUUACCCGAACGCUACCCGCCCAUGACAGCAGUACCCUAUUCUAUCGACGAUACCAACAUCUCCACGCUCACAGACCGUGGUGCUAUAUUCGUCUGGGCAGCCCGCAUACCCCGCGAGUUUAUUGGUCUUAUCGAGGCCAAAAAUGCCCAUGCCCUUGUCAUACUAGCCCAUUACGCUGUUUUGCCUGGACGAGUGAGAAACGUAUGGUGGUUGGAGGGUUUGGGAGCCGAUAUCGUGACGGCGGUAGCAAUGGCGUUGGGUCGCGAAAACUGGGCAUUGAUUGAAUGGCCAGCUGGAGUUGUGGGUGUGGACCUGAACUGCGCGUUUGGUUUGGGAAAGAGGAGGGAUGAGCUUGAGGGGACGCCUUCUGAGAUGCAUAUGGAUGUUAUUUGA